GCGCCUUCCUCUCGCGUGGGCUGGCGUUGAGAGCCAGGCCGGAAAAGUGCCCAGCCUGGGCCAGGUUUCCUCACCCGCGACCGCUGUCUCCUCCCUGCGCCUCGGAGGCCCGCCCCUUCUUCCCAACCCGCCGCUCUCUGGCUCUGGGUCGACCUCGGGAGCCGCAGCGCACCCCCGGCCAGGCCGCGCGGCGCCCCUCCCUCGCCUCGCCUCGCCUCGCCUCUCCUCUCGGCAGCGCCUCCGCCACCGCAGCGGGCCCAGCGCAGAGGCGAGCAGGACGGGAACUGCUGCUGCUGCUGCUGCUGCUGCUGGCUGGGUAGCCGUCACCCGGGAAGGCCUCGGGCAGAGAGGGACCGGAGCGGAGACCCGGCCAGGCGCGGGACAUGGUGACGGGAUGGCCUGCUUCGCAGACGCCUUCCCUCUGCACCUGCUCGUCUGGCACAACCGGCACCAGGCGCUGGACAGCGAGCUGCGCAAGGGACAGCAUGAUAUUGAAAUGCUUGACCCACGUGGCCGAACACCUCUGGAAUUGGCAGUGUCCCUUGGGAACUUGGAAUCUGUCCGUGUGCUGCUGCGACACAAUGCCAGUGUGGGUCAGGAGAAUGCCAAUGGCUGGACAGUCCUUCAAGAGGCUGUAAGCACUGGAGAUCCAGAGAUGGUACAGUUGGUACUCCAAUACCGUGAUUACCAGCGUGCCACACGACGACUGGCUGGUAUUCCAGAAUUACUCAACAAACUACGCAGAGCCCCUGACUUCUAUGUGGAAAUGAAGUGGGAGUUUACCAGCUGGGUGCCUCUUGUCUCGAAAAUAUGUCCAAGCGAUGUGUAUCGGGUAUGGAAGCGGGGUGAAAACCUGCGGGUGGACACUACCUUACUGGGCUUUGAGCACAUGACCUGGCAGCGGGGCCGGCGCAGCUACAUCUUUAAAGGCGAAGAGGAGAAUGCUGUGGUGAUGGAAGUUGACCAUGACAAGCAGGUUGUGUACACUGAGACAUUGUCACUAGCCUUGCAUGAGCCCGAGCUGAUGCUGCCUGCCAUGCAGCCUUCGGAGGAACAUGUUGCCAGCCGCCUCACGUCUCCUAUUGUCUCCACCCACCUUGAUACCAAGAAUAUUGCCUUCGAGCGGAACAAGUCUGGAAUCUGGGGCUGGCGCUCGGAGAAAAUGGAAGUAAUCAGUGGUUACGAAGCCAAGGUUUACAGUGCCAGCAAUGUGGAGCUUAUCACCAAAACACGUACCGAGCACCUGUCUGACCAGGACAAAACACGCAACAAAGGCUCCAAGACUCCAUUCCAGUCCUUCCUAGGAAUUGCCCAGCAGCAUGCUGCCCAGAAUGGGGCCCCUGUGCUGCAGUCAGCCAGUCCCACAAACCCAACAUCUAUUACCCCUGAGGAAUACUUUGACCCCAACUUCAACUUGGAGUCCCGUAAUAUUGGCCGCCCUAUUGAGAUGUCCAACAAAGUUCAGAGGUUCAAGGCCACUCUGUGGCUCUGUGAGGACCAUCCCCUCUCCCUGGUGGAGCAGGUGACACCUAUCAUUGAUCUGAUGGCGAUCAGCAAUGCUCAUUUUGCCAAGUUACGUGAUUUCAUCACCCUCAAGUUACCUCCUGGCUUCCCGGUUAAAAUCGAGAUCCCUCUCUUCCACGUGCUCAAUGCCAGGAUCACUUUCAGUAAUUUGUGUGGCUGUGACGAGCCACUCAGCUCAGUGCGGAUCUGUACUCCUACCCAAUCCCCUGGCAGCAGUGAGGAACUAAGUGCUGGGGCAGAGGCAGCCAGCAAUACUAAAGUGUACCCUUUCCCCUGUGAAGUGGAUCCAUCUGUAUUUGAGGUGCCCCAAGGCUACACAAUGCUGGGUGCAGGCCGUACGGAGCCCAUGAGAGAUGAGGACGAUGACCUACUCCAAUUUGCCAUUCAACAGAGUCUCCUGGAUGCUGGCACAGAGACAGAUCAGGUUACCAUCUGGGAAGCUCUGACCAACACACGACCAGGAUCCAAUCCGCCAACCUAUGAUGAGGAACUACAGUUGGAACGGGCCAUCCAAGAAAGCAUGUUCCUUCAGUCAGGGCCAGGCCUGGUUCCUGUGGAGUCUGGAGGUGGGAAUGAUGUGCCUGCUCCAGAGGGCAACCCAGCACUCAGCACCAAUGGAAGCGGUUCCUCAGCUUUGCCUCCACCUUACCCCAGCUUUGAUGAGCAGUUGCGUUUGGCCAUGGAGCUGUCGUCUAGGGAGCAGGAAGAACGGGAGCGCCAACGCCGUGAAGAAGAUGAGGAGCUGCAACGAAUCCUCCAGCUCUCUCUGACAGAGAAGUAGCAUCCCAGCCUGCUAGCAAGGGGUCCCUCGGCCUUGCUCAAGCCUCACACCACCCAGCCUAAUUCUCCUUGCUGCCAUUGUAUUUUGGGUUGGGUUGGGUUCCAUGCUUUGCCCCUUUUCCUGUUGGGGUCAGGCUGGAAGUGAGAAGACAGAACCUUCUGCAUUUCCUGUGGUUCACUUGGUUCCGUCCUUUAAUAUUAUUUCUUGUAAUUUUUUUUUUAACCGCUUUAUCCUUCAUGGAGGAAUUGUUUUCUACAGCACAGAGAAGGGGAGUAAGAGAAAAGGAGCAAAAACUGAUAGAAAAGAAUGGAAAAAUAAUCAAAGAAGAUGUUUCUCUUUUUCAAAUGAGCUUGCAGGUUUUUUUGAGGUUGCUAGAAGUGUGCUGUUGCAGCUUCUGUCUUUGCAUGGGUUGCCUCUGGGGGAUUUGGGCAAUAGAGGGGGUGGGAUCCAGGAGCUCAAUGCAUUGAUAUUUGCAGUAAGACUGAAGUCAGGCUGCAGCUUGAUGAAUAAUAUUCAUUCCUGUCUUUUUUUCCCCUUCCUCAUCAUGAGCUGCUGCUCUCCCCUCUUCCCAUGUUUAAUUUAUUUUAUUUAUAUCUUUAAAGAUAUAUACUAGAAAGGGAGCGGAGGUGUGUGCUUUUUUAAAAACUGAACCUAGUGGGUCUAAAGGGAAGAGCUGGGUCCACUCUUGAGCAGUUUUCUCCUGCUGUCUGAGGACCAGGCACGGGGAGCUCUGGGCAGCAGGAAUACUAAAUAAAAAACAUGAAACCAGCAUCUGCUUUUGGUAGCUUUCUUCAGUUUCAACUAUCUUGGUCACAGUUUGUGUGGCUCUCAUACAAACAUAAAGUGAGGCUCCGUUUGUGGUACUUGUGAUCAUGUUUAAAUUACUGAACAAGCUGAUUUGUUUACUUUAAAAAAAAAACCUCAGUUUGUGGUUUGAAUGAUCAUACUGUGGUAGCAUGUCUUAAGAAGGAAUUAGUGGAUUGUUCACAAAGAAUUACUUAACCAGUCAGGUCUGUGCAACAUUUCCAAAAGCCAAAUGCAUAGAAUUCCAUAUGUUUGAUAACCUUUCAUUUUUAUGAACUCGGUCAAACAAGAGGAAAUGGUCCUACUUCUAGAAUCAAAACUUGCAGUCAAUAAAUUUGAUUAUUUUAAAUUAUUAUAUGAAAUGCUUAGCAUAUGUGCCUUCUUAGUCUCCCAUCUUCCUUUUACUUACAAGGCUAUGGUGACAGUGGAAGCAAUAAAUAGCAGAAUUUCCAGAUCAAGGAUUAGCAACAUACUACUGAGAUUGUGAGGAGUUUUACCAAGCUCUUCUUUUCCUCCCUCUUCCAAAUUGCAUUUUCUUCCAUUUUAGCAGUCACUUCUAUCUCGGGACAUUGCUUUUCAGGACACACCUUAGUUUAUUACAUUUGUUUUAGCCACUCUGUUUAUUGAGCAGCUUCCUUGCAUUUUUCUUUUGCUGUACCCUUAUUUCAGACUGCCACCAUUGUGCUCUGCUUUCAUUGGAGGACAGGAGGCACAUCUAGGGAGCAAUAGGUUGAAGGCUGCCCUAGAGUAUGGUUCAUAUUUGGGUUAAACAUUUCUUUGCCUUAAUUCCCUGUGUUUUCCCCCUCUUAAACCUCCAUCCCCAGUAAUUCUUUUGUCAGGUUCCUCUUUCUCUGGAUAUUUGCUCGCUAUGCAUUUUUCUUUUUGCUUCCUUGCUCAUUUUUGUCUGCUUCUGUAUUUCCUGAAGCCUUUCCCCUGUCGUCUUCUUGGGUGCCAUAUAUGGUUUAUUGGUUCACAGAAUUUGAAGUACAAAUUACUAUGUUCUGUGAAUAAUGAGAAUCCUGAAAUCUCAUAUCUGACCAGUGGUCAACUCUUGGAAUCAUUACUACUACAGUAAUAUGUUCAGAACAAGAUCAAUUUUGUUGCUCUAAUUUCCUGCCUUACAUGUCCCCCCUAGUGGUCAUUCACAGAAAUGUAAUUUGUGUGACAAAAUCUUGCUGGCUUUAUGAGACUAUGUGAUAAAAACCUGUCAAAUAGUUUUUUUUAAAAUACUUCUAAUAUUACUAAAAUUGCAAUAACCAUUAAUUAGUUGUGUUCAUUUUGUAUAGCCUUUCUACUCUAUAUUCCUUCGUUCAGGAAAGUAUGGAAGGUUUCCAGGGCAUCUGAUUUUGUUCAGAUAUGUGAGGUGCAUAUUUUGAAAAAUGGACAAUCCCCGGACAAUCCAAGUUCUUCUCUGAAACAUUAGAACACUAAUGCUAGUCAUAAUACUCACUUGGUACAACACAGUUAAUACUGUGUUAUGAGAUGUGUUGUUACUGUUUAUAACUGACUGGAUUGGAGGACCAAGGGAUGAUUCUGAGCAGAGUUCAAAUAUUAAGACUUACCUGAACCUGGAGAUUGUAUCUAUUCUGACUCAAAACCAUGUGCAGAUGCAGCUAGGAUGUUAUACACUGUAUGAAACGUUCUACUCUCAUUCCCCACAUGUUCAAGCAAGCUAUGUCCAGAGAAAUAAGAGAAAAUGCAGUAUUGUUACGAUCUCCAAGUCAAGCUCAAUUCCCAAUAAUUCUAUGGACUAUUCCAUGUAGGUUUUUGGGCCACAAUAUACAGGUGUUUCCCUACUGCCAACUUCUGGGAUGUUUUUCAGUUUCCAGCCUUAGCAUUUUUGCUAUCUUUCUGUCCAAGAAGUAGUAAUCAAGUUCAACCUUCCUUAGUUUUUGAGAUCAGCCACAAUUGGCUAGGCCCUACCACCAGUACAGUAUUUGCCCCAACACCCAAAUCAAGCCAGAAUGCAAGCCAAGUUAUUUCAAAAUGUUCAAGAAUUGAUGCAUUAUACUAUACAAAAAAACUAUAUUGUACUCCCAAUAAUUAGAUGUGAUGAUCAGCUCGUGAUAUGCUUAUCACAAUAAAUUAACUCUUGGAGCCUUAA